GUUUAAAGAUAUCGCCUGCAAUUUUAGAUUAAUAAAUUUCGAUCAUUUCUGCCUUUCGUAAUCGACGAGCUUCUUGAUUGGCGUGCAGCGAAUAAAAUUGAAAGUAUUGUAUUUUGAAAAUGGACAGCAAGCCAAAUCUUCACCAGGUUGCUUGCAGAAAAUUCAUAGAUCAUUGCAAAGACACGUUUGGAUGGAGUGACUUGACGGAUGAUGUGAUAAUGGACGUUGGAUGUGGAGAGGAGGGGUUGUGCGGAAAAUCAAUGCUCGAAAAAUUCCCGGACGUAAGCGCAAUUAUUGGUAUCGAUUUUGAUCCGAAGGUAGUACGCAAUUUUAAACUGAAAACUACACCAAAGUUUCAGUGUGUUUUGGCCGACAUAGAGAAAAGAGAAACGCUCCGGAAUUACAAAGGCAAGAUAAAUAAAAUCAUCUCCAUUCGCACUUUCCAUCAACUCAUAAACAAAGAAGAGGCGUUCCGGAAUGUGUACCACCUGUUAAAACCAGGAGGAGAAGCUGCAAUUUUGUUCGUCAUAAAGUCUUUAAUAUACGAAUGGCUGACGGAAAUGCUCAGGAUUCCGAAAUGGAAAGAAGUUUAUCAGGGUUCCUAUACUGUGGAUAUGUAUAAGAGUGGAGAAAAUAAAGAUCGCUUUAAAGAAAUGGUGGAAAAAAUAGGAUUUCGAGUAUUGGAAUGCUCCGAAGCGAAAAUAGUUAUUCCAUAUCCAUCGGACCAAGCGUGUAAAGAUGCGUUGUACCAAAUGUGUGGGAAUUCUUUCAAUAUUCCUCCUGAAGAAGUCGAACAAUUCAAAGAAGAAUGUUUUCAACUUCUGGUGAAGACUAGUGCAAGAGACCCUGAAGGAAGGCCGUGUUACAGAUCGACCGAACUGCGUUUACUGCUCGCCAAGCCAACGGAGAGUUCUGGUACUCCUGGAGCAGAACACCUUGGAUUACAAACAACUAUAUAAAGAUAUAAAUUUUCUGGCGAUAACUUUGCAAUUUAAUUUUAUAACCAAAGUUUUUAAAUCGAAUGUGCAUUUUUAGUGUUUAAUUUGACUUUUAAAAAAACUUUUUAAGGAUUUUAUACUUUUAUUCUGUCAUUAUUUUUAGUUUUUAGACAAGCAGCGAGCAC